ACGAACUCCACUCAGGCACUCACUACUGCGACCAAAAUCGAUUCAUCAAUCCUGACGAAACAGCAAGACCGAGCUUUCACCUCCUAUGCUGCAUCGUGGCACCGAGUGAGCUAGCUCUCUCGUGGCUGGUGCAUCGCGCAGGUCUGGAAUGCCGACCGCGUGUUUGACGAAAUGCCUCUGGAAGGUUUUGACGCGUCGGCCUCCCCGGUGCUUCGGGGCUGUGCAUAGUUUCCCUUUUGAUAUCACGCUAAGCGAUCGUUUUCUGUAUCGCAGGGUUCCUAUGCUAGACUGUUAUGGCGACAAUAUAGAAUCUUGUCCCAAAAUGGUAGUGGUUGUGCUCCAGUUUUAGCUUACUGAUGCCAUUGCCUCCGAGCCCGCGCUGUUCAACUGCCAAAAGGUUCUCUGGGUUACUCACUAACGGAGCGACAUUCAGAGCAUGUUCUUUUCAGGAUGUAUCUGGAUGUAUCCCAAAGAGAUGGACUCACAAUUGCAAGAACGGGAACCUGGGCAAAACAUCAGCUUUCGGAAGAGAUAUGGAGAAGAGUAUAUACAAUUUUCUGACUAUUGAUCGUUGGGAAUCGUUGAACUACAUGGGAUAUAGGUUGGCCGCGCUAAGACCAGUUCAUGGAAGGCUGGCUCUGAGGUUCCUCAACUGGGUCAUUAAACAACCUGGCCUGGAGUUUGGCCAUCUCAAUCAUAUUUUGUCUGUGACGGCUCACAUACUUGUCAGAGCUAGGAUGCAUGACUCUGCAAAAUCGAUUUUGAGGCAGUUAACGCAGAUGGGUGAGGAUCCAAGCUCAGUAUUUAUUACUUUAAUGGACACAUAUCCUCUUUGUAAUUCUAAUCCUUCGGUUUUUGACAUUCUCAUGAGGGUUUAUCUUGGAAAGGGAAUGAUUGGAGAUGCUCUGCAGGUCUUCUGUUUAAUUAUUUCUAGGGGAUUUAAGCCUUCAGUUGGUACUUGUAAUAAGGUCUUGGCUGCAAUGGCAAGAGACCAAGCAGCUGGGUCAAUAUGGUCAUUCUUCAGUGAUAUGCUUGAGAAUGAAAUUCGUCCUGAUGUCGCUACUUUUAAUAUCUUGAUCAAUGAGCUGUGCGCAGAAGGGAAGAUAAAGAAAGCCAGUUUUCUAUUGAGAAAGAUGGAAGAAAUUGGUUGUCACCCUACCAUUGUUACUUACAACACUCUACUCAAUUGGUAUUGCAAAAAGGGAAUGUAUAGAACGGCUCUUCAGCUUAUUGAAUUUAUGGAUGGCAAGGGUAUUAGAGCAGAUGUCUUCACAUUCAACAUACUUAUCGAUGGUUUGUGUAGGAAAAAUAUGAGUUCAAAGGGGUAUUUAUUAUUGAAAAAGAUGAGGAAGAUGUUGAUAGACCCUAAUGCAGUCACUUACAAUACUCUUAUCCAUGGGUUUGUCCGGGAGGGGAAGAAUGCAGUUGCUACUCGUAUUUUGGAUGAAAUGUCUAGUUCUAACCUUUCUCCUAAUUGUAUCACUUACACUGCUUUGAUUGAUGGGCUUUGCCAAGAAGAAAAAUUUCACGAAGCAAUGAAUGUUUUGAUGAAGAUGGAAAAGGAAGGGUUGACACCUAAUGAAACUUGUUAUGGGGCUCUUUUGAAUGGUUUAUCCAGGCACGCACAAUUCAGUAUGGCAAGAAGUUGUCUUGAUCGGAUGAGGAGGAAUGGUAUUCUUGUUGGUCAGAUUCCAUAUACUAUGUUGAUUGAUGGAUUUUGCAGGAAAGCGUUGCUUGCUGAAGCUAUUGAAUUGUUUGAGGAGAUGCUAAAAGAUGGUUUAACCCCUGAUUUGCAUACGUAUUCAGUGCUCGUGAGUGGGUUAUGCCGGGUUGGGAGAAUAAAGAUCACAAAGGAGAUCAUCUCUAAGAUGUAUAGAUCAAAGAUUCUACCAAAUAGUGUCAUUUUACAAACACUUAUCCACUAUUGUUGCAAACAAGGAAAUGUCAUGGAGGCAUUGAGACUUUAUGCAGUAAUGAACUGUUGUGGCUAUGAAGCAGACCAUUUAGCAUGUACUGCCUUAAUUGCUUCUCUCUGCAGAAGUGGAAAAAUGGAAGAGGCGGAGUGCUUCAUGCAGCAUAUGUGUUGCAUCGGUCUAGAUCCUGAUUCCGUGUCUUUUGAUUGUCUCAUCAAUGGACAUGCAAAUAAGGGACAUUGGAUGAAAGCAUUUUCGUUUUGUGAUGAAAUGAUCAAAUCGGGAUAUCCUCCAAGCCCCUUUACUUAUGCGAGUCUCCUCAAAGGACUGUGCAAAGCAGGACAUGUGGAAGAAGCCAAGAAACUCCUUACUGAAGUCGCACUUGUACCGUCUUCUGCAGAUACUGUAGUCUACAACUCAUUAAUAGCAGAGUUGUGUGAAGCUGGAAAUCUACAGGAAGCAUUGGCUCUUUAUCAUGGAAUGGUGAAGAACAGUGUGCUGCCUGACAAUCACACAUAUUCAAGUCUUAUUGCUGGUUUUUGCAGGAAGGGCAGGAUUGUUGCUGCCAUUUUUCUUCUUCAGUCAGCUGUUAGACUGGGAAUUUCUCUCCCAAAUAUGGUCCUGUAUACAUGCCUGAUUGAUGCUCUUUUCAAGGAAGGGCAAGGAAAAAUGGCUUCCAAUUACUAUGAAGAGAUAGUAAAAAGUGGUUUCCACCCUGACACAAUUGUUUUUAAUGUGAUGUUAGAUGGAUAUUCAAGGAUGGGAAAAAUGGGGAGGGCAAUUGCUUGUCUUUCAAUGAUGAGGAGAAACAAUCUGUCUCCAAAUUUGGCCACGUACAAUAUUCUCUUGCAUGGGUUCUCAAAGAAAAGGGAACUGGGGAUGUGCUUUAGAAUACACAAAUUAAUCAUCAAUGAAGGUUUUCAGCCUGACAAAUGGACAUGGCAUUCUCUGAUUCUUGGUCUUUGCAAGUCAGGUCUGCUGGAAAUUGGAAUUAAACUUUUGAAAAAGAUGUUAGUCGAGGGCAUCAUACCGGAUAGGCUUAUGUUCAAUAUGCUUAUAAGCGAGUGCUGUGAACGUGGUCAGAUGGGAAUGGCACUUGAUAUGGUUGAUGUGAUGAUUAUUCUUGGGUAUGAUGACCUUGAUACUUACCAAUCCAUUAUCAAUGGUCUGCACAAGAAGUCAGAUUUUAAUGCUUCCUACGCUGUUAUGCAUGAAAUGCUGAAAAAAGGGUAUUUUCCUUCUUACAAGCAAUAUAUACGUUUAGUUUGUGGCAUGUGUAAAGCAGGGAAUAUACGGGCAGCAUUCAAGCUAAAGGAUGAGAUGAAGAAACUUGGCAUUGUUCCUCCUGAUGUUGCCGAAAGUGCAUUAGUUAGGGGACUUGCGCGCUGUGGGAAGAUCGAGGGAGCAAAGCUAGUCCUUCAUCACAUGAUUGGGAUGCGUCUUAUCCCUACUCCUGCUACCUUCACUACUCUGAUGCAUGUGUCGUGUGAAAAUUUUGAUAUUGAAGGGGCCUUGGAGUUAAGGAGUAUCAUGGAACGCUCUGGCAUAAGGCUUGACGUAGUCACCUACAAUGUUCUUAUUAAAGGCCUCUGUGCUGGUGGUGAUGUGAUUUCUGCAGUUGAGUUAUAUGAGGAGAUGAAAAAACAGGGUCUCCUACCAAACUGUACAACUUACACUAUUCUAAUAAAUGCCAUUUCUACCAAGGGUAGUGCAAUUAAUGCUGAGACACUUUUGGUCGAUCUAAAAUCAAGAGGGUUUUCAUCUUGGGACAGAAAUGCAAACCAUUGGCAAGAGGAAUUGGUGAUUGCCAUGAGAAAGAUAAAAUAUGUGAGUUGUCGAAGCAGGAAAUGAUACCUAUUGAAGAUAAUUUGACCUUGAUGUUGUCAACAUGGGGCAAAUUUUAUUUGAGCUGUUCUUGUGGAAGCAUGGUUUCAUUGUAGAGUACAAAGAGAAGAAUGUGCUCCAGUGGCUAUCACAAAACGCCAUUCAACUUGGCAUGACAGUGUUCAUGGGAUUACUGUUCUCGUGAAUUGCUUGUAUUAUUGAAUGCGGAUCUUGUCACUCUGAUGCCAAAGAUGCUAAGUAUUUUCAGUUUCAUCUACUGUGGUCUUGCCAUGAUUGUAGCUGGCUUUGAUGAAGGAACUAGAUCGGAUACAUUUCUCUCUUCAAUUUCUCUGUCUGGGAAAUGUGGAACCCGCAGGAUUCAUUGGACCGAGGAUUCUACAUCUGCAUCCUGUUCAAUGAUCAGAUCACUCAGUCAGAUUGAUUCUUUUUCUUCUCCUACUCUAUACAAAUAUAAAAGGAACAGCCCUGGAAUAGUUGGCGACUUCAGUACGACAUUCUUUGUUUCCAAGACCAAGCUUGCAUGUGUCACAUGGCAAUGGUGCUAGCACAAAGAAUGAAGCUUCUACUUUGGGCACUUGGAGUUAGGGCGACGCCAAGGCAGACUUUGAAGUGGAUUGUUGUUAUGAUGCCUUGACUGGAGAGAUAGCCUAUGAGCAUGGGGGACAGCAAUUAUGCAUCACUUUGUCAGUCGCAUCCAUUCUUUGUCUUCUCCUACUCUAGACGAAUGUAAAAGGAACAGCCUUGGAGCAGUUGGCGACUUCAGUACGACAUUCUUCUUUUCCUAGACCGACCGAACAUGUGUUGCAUGCCAAUGCUGUUAGCAUGAAGAAGGAAGCUUCUACUUCAGGCAGUUGGAGUUAGGGCCCCCAUAGGCGGACUUGGAAGUUGGUUAUUGUUAUGAUGCUUUGGCCAGAGAUAGCUUAUGAGCA